GCAGCGACUUUUUCCUGUCCACUGUUCUGUUGCUCUUGCGACAACGCUCUCCAAGUUUGCCCUUCCCCCUAGUCUAGCAGAAAUCUGCUGCCCCAAAAUCGGUCAUGUCUGCCACUGCUGAUAAGGCGCGGUUCUUCCUCGAAAAGUCCGUCCCAGAACUCAAAGAGUACGAGAAGAAAAAGAUCUUCACUAAAGAUGAAAUCACAUCGAUUAUCAAGAAGCGAUCCGACUUUGAGCAUAAAAUCAAUGCGCGCGGUGCGCAGCCAGCCGAUUUCGUACGCUACGCCGAAUAUGAGAUGAACCUAGACAGUCUACGACGCAAGAGGAUAAAGCGGCUGGGUAUCAAGUCAACGGGAUUCAGUGGGCAGCGCCGGAUUUUCUUCGUCCUUGAUCGAGCCACUCGCAAAUUCCACGGCGAUAUCGGGUUAUGGAUUCAGUACAUCGAGUACGCCCGGCAACAAAAAGCGUACAAAAAGCUCAGUACAAUCUUAAUGGAUGUGUUGCGAAUGCAUCCGACGAACGCGGACUUGUGGAUUUACGCUGCGCAAUAUUCAAUGCAGGACCAUGCCGAUAUGUCUCAGGCCAGGACUUAUAUGCAACGGGGGUUAAGAUUCUGCAAGAGCUCCAGGAAUCUCUGGAUCCAGUAUGCCAAACUGGAGCUCAUCUACAUUACCAAGCUAGUCGCGCGACAACGGAUACUUGGACUGGACGAAAAGAUUGAGGCUCCCAAGCAGCAGGAAUCUGCGGAUGACCUUGAUGGCGACAUGAUUAUGAUGCCAAAGAUUACAGAGGAGGAUAUCAACCCCAGUGCCUCGGAUGAUACCGUGAAUGAAGCAGCCCUGCAAACCCUCAACUCCACGCCGGCGCUUAGUGGUGCAAUCCCACUGGCCAUCUUCGACUCGGCCAUCAAAGCGUUUGAUUACGAUGAUCGAUUCGGCCACGAGUUCUUCGACAUGGUCUUCGAGUUCGAGGACAUACCCUGUCUGCAGAAGGUCCUGUCACACAUUCUAGACGUAAUGCAAGAGUCUAAGCCUGCCAGCCCGCAUACGCUGAUAUGCUACAUCAAACUCCCUACGGCCGGAAUUCAACCCACUUCCGCCCAGUUCCCCCGCGCAUUGGGAACAGUACUCUCGCGGCUGCAAGAACACCGCGAGAAGCCCCGGGUCGCCAAGGAGGUAAUCACCUGGUUGCAUCCAAUUGAGAAGACGAAAGACUUGGAUCCUGCUAUCCAAACGGUCAUUGCUGCCACUAUUCACAAGGCGGAGCUGGCUCUUCAGGAAGCAUAGGCCGAGAUUCCAGUCAUUUUGGGGGCGUUGUUGGGUCGUCGUUUAUUGCCAUGAAUAUAUGCAGCAUCUAUUUGUUUAUAUAGAUUCAGGAGGAAAAGCAAUCUUUCAGUCGUCACGACUCCCUCGUCGACUACUCUUUUUGCUGCUCUGCAUUUUCUUAGCCUUAAUUCUAGCCUCCUUCCCUGCCUUUUCCCUGCCAAGUGUUAGCGGCCAAUUCUGUAGCAGCAGUAAUAACGGUCGUACAAUUUCUUGACACGCUCCCUUUGCUCCAGGGAGGUCUCACCAGGAACUAUAUCCUUUGUGGUCGUCAUCAGG